GUGGAACUGUUUCUGGCAUCAAAAGGGAAAAUUUGUUAAGAGAAAAGACAUCAAAAUUUUAAGGGAAAAAAAAUGGUAGGACCAAUUCGUCCAUCGUUCGUCCUAUUUGGGUCAUCAAUAGUGCAGAUCAGCUACUACUUACAAGGUUGGGGUGCAACACUCAAUACCCUCUACGCUCGCAAGGCCGAUAUAACAUUGCGUGGAUAUAUUGGUUGGAACUCAAGGAUGGCUCUUAAUAUUUACGAGAAAGUUUUCCCAAAGGAUGCGGAAAUUCAGCCUGAUCUUGUCAUACUUUAUUUUGGUGGGAAUGAUUCUUGCCAUGCUGAUUUUCCUAACAGCAGUCAUGUCCCUCUUGAAGAAUAUGUUGAAAACAUGAGGAAGAUUGCACUUCAUAUCAAGAGCCUUUCAGAAAAGACUCGUCUAAUUAUGCUUAGCGCUCCUCCGGUGAACGAGGAACAAAUUAUCCAACAUUAUGGCGAUAAUCGAGGUAGAGAUAAUGAGACUUGUCGCAUAUACUCAGAAGCUGGUGUUAAAUUAGCUCAAGAAUUAGGCGUGAAGGUUAUAGACUUUUGGUCGGCGCUUCAGGAACGUCCUGAUUGGUUGACUACGGUCUUCUGGGAUGGGAUGCAUUUAACAAAGGAAGGAAGUGACAUUUUGGUCAAGAAAAUCUUGGAGAUAGUCAAAGAGGCAGAUUGGGAGCCAAGCCUAAAUUGGGAAAAAAUACCAGAUGAAUUUUCUGAUAUUGGUCCUGUCAUGAGCCUUGACUUGCUGAAGGAGCAUAAAUAAAACUGUGCUGAUUACUUGUAUCCCAAAAAGUUAUUUUGGGUGCAUAUUAAAAUAUGCAAGAAUAAGCCAAUUACUAGUCAUUUCCCAUUUUCCUGUUUGAUGUUUUAAACUCUUUUGCAAAAGAGUAAUAAGUGUUCCUAGGAAUUAAGGCUUUGCCUUUUCCUGGAAGGGUUUGUUUUCUUGUAGAAUGCUUUUGUGCUUGCUAUGUAUUAUGGAAAGUUUAUUAAUAUUCGAAUAAAUUAAUGAUUCUGAAA